CUCCACUCUCCAACCUCAAUUUGGAAUAAAAGUUUCUUUCUUUCACUGUUUUAAACUCGCUGUUUGAUCUCACUCCAACCACGAGAUGCUCAAAACUUGCGCCUUUUGAGUCUGUCGUUUUCGUUAAAUUUCUUAAGAAAGCUUUUUUAGUUCGUUGAGAGGGCUGUCAUGCUGAAUGUUGUUGCCUAUGAGUGGAGUAAUAGGGAUGAAUUCUUCAAUGGAUGAUAUGACUUUAAUUCAGCAAAGCCAGCGACAUCACUUGGUUGUGAGAGAACUUGGUGAGGAGAUUGAUUUGGAAAUUGGACCUGGGGAGGAUGACCCUUCAUUUGGUAAUGGUGCUCUAAUUGGUGCACCAAUGCGGGAGUCCUCUGCUGAAGAACAUGGUGAGAGCAAGCAGAUGGGGAUGGUUUCUCAAAUUCGUAAUGAUUCUCAAGAUAUGUCCAAGAACCAACAGGUGAAAAGGAAGAAAAAGGUUGUCAAAAGAUGGAGAGAAGAAUGGGCAGACACCUAUAAAUGGGCUUAUGUUGAUGUGAAGGAAGGGACACCUAGGAUUUUCUGCUCUGUCUGCAGGGAGUAUGGCCGGAAGCAUAGAAGAAAUCCUUAUGGGAAUGAGGGCAGCCGAAACAUGCAGAUGAGUGCCUUGGAAGAACACAAUAAUAGUUUGCUUCACAAAGAGGCUCUUCGUCUUCAAAUGGCCUCCAAAGAUAAAAUUGUGGUUGACAAGCCUGUUUAUGUAAAAGUUGCCAUGUCAAAAACGGCUGGAUCAAUUCUUGAAGCUACUCUGAAAAGGGACCCUCAUGAGGUUGAAUUCAUUCAAGCAGUCCAGGAGGCAGUUCAAGCCCUUGAAAGAGUCAUUGCAAAAAACUGUCGUUAUGUUAACAUCAUGGAGCGCUUGUUGGAACCUGAAAGAGUGAUUGUUUUUAGGGUUUCUUGGGUGGAUGAUAGGGGCGUCACACAUGUAAAUCGGGGCUUUAGGGUACAAUAUAACCAGUCAAUGGGUCCAUGUAGGGGUGGUAUUCGUUUUCACCCAUCAAUGAAUUUAAGUGUUGCCAAGUUCCUUGGUUUUGAACAGACUUUAAAGAAUGCCUUAUCACCAUACAAAUUGGGAGGAGCAGCUGGUGGGAGCGAUUUUGAUCCAAAAGGAAAAAGUGAUAAUGAGAUCAUGAGAUUUUGCCAAAGUUUCAUGAGUGAGAUGUAUCGCUACCUGGGGCCUGAUAAGGACCUUCCAUCCGAGGAAAUGGGUGUUGGUACUCGAGAAAUGGGGUAUCUUUUUGGACAGUAUAGACGUCUAGCUGGUCAUUUUCAGGGAAGUUUUACAGGGCCAAGAAUAUUUUGGUCUGGUUCCAGUCUUCGACCUGAAGCUACUGGCUACGGGCUGGUUUUCUUUGCCCAGCUCAUGCUUGCUGACAUGAAUAAAGAACUUAAAGGAUUAAGAUGUGUUGUGAGUGGUUCUGGAAAGAUAGCAAUGCAUGUUUUAGAAAAGCUAAUUGCUUAUGGUGCUCUUCCUAUUUCAGUAUCAGAUUCCAGAGGAUAUUUGGUUGAUGAAGAUGGAUUUGACUACAUGAAAAUAUCAUUUUUGAGAGACAUCAAAGCUCAGCAAAGAAGCUUGCGAGACUAUUCAAAAACCUAUGCUCGGUCCAAAUAUUACGAUGAAGCAAAGCCAUGGAAUGAAAGGUGUGAUGUUGCAUUUGCCUGUGCUUCACAGAACGAAAUUAAUCAAUCUGAUGCCAUUAAUUUGGUCAAUUCAGGUUGUCGUGUACUAGUUGAAGGUUCAAACAUGCCUUGUACCCCUGAGGCAGUUCAGAUUUUGAGGAAGGCUAGUGUUCUCAUUGCUCCUGCAAUGGCUGCAGGUGCUGGAGGGGUUGUGGCUGGAGAACUUGAACUGAAUCAUGAAUGCAGUUUGAUGCACUGGUCUCCGGAGGACUUUGAAUCUAAAUUGCAGGAUGCAAUGAAACAGACUUAUCAGAGAGCUAUCAAAGCUGCAACUGAUUUUGGUUAUCAAAAGGAAAGUCCCGAGGCUCUGGUGCAUGGAGCAGUAAUAUCUGCCUUUCUAACCAUUGCUCAAGCCAUGACUGAUCAAGGCUCUGUAUAGAAGUUCAUAUUGCCGAGUUUUGAAUGCAUCCAAAUGCUGAUCUUAACCAGUUAGCACCGUGGCUGGAAGUCUGCAUUCACUGAAUAAUCCAAAUCAUUGCUGCUGCUGUGUCAAAUUGUCAAUGCUAGGAUGGCACUAUUGCCAAAACAUAUUUCCUUGAAAAAUAUAUAAGAAAGAUUAAGCUUAGUAAAAGAAAGAUAUUUAGAGGAUCAAAUUUAGUUUAACAACAGAAGAGACAUCUUCAUUGUUGCCAAGAAAAAGUAGAAAAAGUGUCCUUGGCUUAUUGAACUCAUCUUGAUGCUUGUCCCGAACUUGAGAUUAUAAAUAAAAGGUUAGCAUUGAAAUUGAA